AGGGGGAUCUCACACGAUAGAAAAGUUUCUAAGGGGACUGAAGAGUGCUAAAUAUGUAAACGAAAGGGGCAUGUCCUAUUACAUUCGUAUGCAUUACGGUAAACGGCGAGCAACCACGAGUUGGCUAUUGCUUUGAACCAACUUUUUUACAGUGCCGCAGUAAGCAACCAGCCAUUUGUAAUUUAAUUUAUGCUAAUUGAUUACAAAUUUGCAAAAACAACCUGAUAUGGUGGCGCGUACACUUUUAUUUCAAUUAUAAGCUAUUAUUUAUCUUUUUACAGCGAUAAGCAUUCAUUUCUUUGUAUAUGUUUAAUAAAUUAAAUGGGCGAAUUAAAAAUAAAGUUUUGCCUUAUCAAUUUCCAAUUCACCAAAAAUAAAACUUUAUAUAGCUCAGAUAUCUAACACAUUCUAUUAGUCUACAUUUUUAUGUUAUGCGAGGUACUUCAAUUAAAAAUUUUCUUUUAUUGGUAAAACGUCGGCUAAAUUUAGUACUGAGUGCGUAAAGUUUUUAAUUUGUGUUUGCGAAGUGUGAUGUGAAAGCAAUAAAAAUGGACGAAGAAAAUCAUUAUAGACGGGGGAAUAAAACUCGUUUGCGCUUGAGCACCUAUCGGAAAAAAAGAAAGUCUUUCCCUGUUAAAAAACAGGCAAGUGACCAUUUGAACUGUUUGAUAAGCACUUUUUGACAGUUAUAUUUUAGAAUCCGAUUUCAACAGCAGAGAAUUCUUCAACUUCAGAUCACAGCACUCAACGGUUCAGGAAUGAUGAACCUAAUUUUCCAACUUCACCUACUACUGCUUUGCCUUCUUGUUCUUAUGUUAUUCCUGAAAAUCAACCAACUGUAAGUAGGUAGUGCAACAAUAACAAGCACAUUCAUGGAUUUCCCAAAUAGCCAAAUGUUGGAAGGUCGACGCAUUGUGGAUAUUAAAUCAUUUUUUGAAUCUAUUGUGCGUAUAGGAGCACACGGUCAACAAUUUGGCUGUUCGUUGAGCAACGUAGUGCUCCAAAAGGAAAAGAUGCAGGGUAUUCGUUCUUCCUUACACCUAAAAUGUAACAUGUGCAAUGAAACGUUCAAGCUUGAUACAUCGGAUGCCAGCGUCAACAGGGACGCGGUACUUGCCAUGAUGGCUAUCGGUUCAGGCUUUUCCCAUUUAGAACAAGUAACAUCAUCGUUGGAAAUACCAUGCAUGUCAUCACGCAUGUACACUGCGUUGCACGAUGAGGUGUCUGAAGCUUGGGAAGAAACAAGUUUAAGAACGAUGAAGGAAGCCGCAGAGGAAGAAAAGCAAAUUGCCCUACGUAAUAAAGACGUCGAUAAAAAUGGUGUUCCAUGUAUCACGGUAGUAGCAGACGGAACUUGGGCGAAAAGAUCCUACCAUACAAAUUUCAACUCGUCAUCAGGUGCUGCCGCUGUUAUUGGAUACAGAACAAAGAAAGUUCUGUUUUUGGGUGUCAGAAAUAAAUUUUGCACGGUAUGCAAAAUAGCUGAAACAACAGGCGACACAGUUAAAUCCCAUACGUGUUUUAAAAAUUGGAAUGGGUCUUCGGCUGCUAUGGAAGCUGACAUUAUCGCUGAGGGAUUUUCAAAAAGCAUGGAAAUGUACGGCUUAAUUUAUGAGAAAUUGAUUGCGGAUGGUGAUAGCAGCUGCUAUAAAAAAAUUUUAGAUACAAAUCCUUAUGAAUCUGUGGUUGUCGAGAAAAUUGAAUGUAAGAACCACCUGUUAAGAAAUUUUUCCAGAAAAAUACGGGAGUUAAUUAAAGACACAUCAUCGGGUCCACUAAUACUUCGUAAAAAGAUACAGCAAAAUCAGUUAAGACUUCGUUGGGCGGUUUGCAAGGCAAUAUCUUUUCGAAAAUCGGAACCUAUUCAAUUUCAAGAAAAAGUGAAUAACUUGAAGAAAGACCUUGGCAACUGCAUUAGUCAUGUGUUUGGUGAACACAAAGAUUGUGCAGCUUUGAAAUAUUUUUGUGAUGCAGCCCCUAUUGCGCAUGGAAGUGUAGUAACGGAUUUAAAGCACACAGAUUUACACGAGAAACUGGAAUCAUUCAUAAAUGUUUUGGUUCACCACGCUAGAAGCCUAAUUCAUGACGUGGACAGUAAUAUUGUGGAACACUUUAAUUCUAUAAUUGCGAAAUAUAUCGGAGGGAAACGUGUAAAUUAUACGAAAAAAAGGUCCUAUCAAAGUAGAUGUGCGGCAGCAGUUGUAGCCCAUAACACCAAACAACCUUUAUUUACGGUAAAAAAAUAUUUGUCUAACGGUCUAACUCCAAAACGGUAUGCAAUAAAAGCUGAGCUACGAUCUAUUAGAAGAAAUAAUUUAAAAAAACAAAAACCGAAAAAACCCAAAUGUAGAGACAAGGAAAAUGAUAGAACUAGCAACAAUAAAGAUUAUGGUGAUUCUUGUAAAAAGCCAGAUCUGAAUUUGGAAGAUUAUGAAUUAGCUAAACAGAUUUUUUUAGAAAACCUACAUAAAAGUGAUCAUGAAAUUGAAAAAAUAGAAAGAGCAACACAAACCCAAGAAUCCUGCAGUCUGUGGUAUAUAGAAAGAAGAAAGCGACUUACAGCUUCUAAGUUUGGCGACGUAUGCCGCAGGCGAGAAUAUACUUCGUGUAAAGUUUUAGUGGACUCCAUAAUAUAUUCUAAACACUUUUUUAGUCAAGCUUGUGAUUACGGGAAGCGCAACGAAAAGAAUGCGAGAGAAGCAGUUGAACAGGUUGUGGGAGCAAAAAUUCAACCUUGUGGUUUGUUCAUCGAUUCGAGUCAUCCAUUUUUGGCGGCUUCUCCUGAUGGCUUAAUUGGAGACAUGGGUAUACUGGAAGUGAAGUGCCCAUGGUCAGCCAGAGAAAUGACUCCCGAAGAAGGCAUUUCCAAACGAAAGAUUUUGUUUUGGUCCAGCAAAGGUGAAGUGAAUCAGAACCACAAGUGGUACUACCAAAUUCAGGGACAACUGCACAUCACCAGAAGGCAAUACUGUGUGUUUGCUGCUUGGACACCAAAAGGGUUAAAAACAGAAACAAUUUUGAAAGACGAUCAGUUUUGGAAAACUGAGAUGGAAGAAAAGUUGGUUUCGUUUUAUAUGAAGUGUUUAUUGCCCGAACUUGUUGACCCCCGUAAAGUGCGCAAUAUGCCCAUUCGUGAUCCGGACACAAUUUUACAGGCUAUAGAAAACAGAAAAAGAAAGUUGCAGGCCGAAUCUAAUUGAUUUUUUCGCCAAUCGAUGGUGUUUGGUAAAAUUAUAGUGACUUGUUAUUUAUUUUUAAAAAAAUUGAGAAACAAAGAAAGUACCAUUUACUUGCCUUUUCUAAAUGUUAUAAUUCAUCAAAAUAUCUUUUUUAUGUCUGUUAUAUUUUCUUCUUGAAGCGCUCAUUGAUAGGGUUUUGUCACCCUUUCUGGAAAUAUACUUGUUGUAUUGAGAGGCAUAUUUGGGAAUGCAAUCAGCUAGGGAUUCCGAAGAAUUCGAAAAAUUUUGCCGCUACGGAUUUUGACUUUUAAAGGUUGUGAAUGAGCUGCGAAGUUUCUGAAAGUUCUGAUGAUUCAUAAGGUUUUUGGUAUUUAGAUUUUUUCGCAUCAUUACAUCCUUCCAUUAGUUAAUCUACUUAUUGUUUGGUGUGAAGAAAAUUUACGUCUUAUUCAGUUGUUAAUGCACUGACCUAAUACAACAAAGAAUUAAUUCCAUGCAAUUCACUAAAAUCGGUUGUGAGAAAUCCUCCUUAAUACGUCCAGUUUGCGUUCACGUUUAGUUCUUUUAAACGCGUAACGUCGCGCCACAUUAUGGUCAGUAAAUUUCACAAAAUGUUGAAUUGCAAGGGUUUCGUGCACAAAUUCUAGCAAGUUUAUUUAUGAAUAUUUUUUCUCCAAAUUUUUUUUGCUAGACAGAAGAAAGAUAAAUCUAUGCUUCUGUAGUUUUACAUUUUUAAUUAAUGUAUUUAUCAACCCCCCAACAAUGCGGAAGUUUGGACAAAUAUUGGCUAUGUUUACAUUGAUAUUUCUUUCGCUCACUCGAGUAACUUAAAAAUAUGUUACUAUAGAAGCAUGGCAAAUUUGUUUAUGAACAGAUUAAGCUAUUAACCAAUCUUCUAUCCCGUAAAAUAAAGUCUCAGGAAUUUGUCCACGAAACUCCUG